AUUUUCUGCCCGCCCUUCCUCAGACACCUCGCGGCCGAGUACAAAAGCGUGUCAGUUGCGACACCGGCGAAGGCCGGGGUGGAUGAGACAGGAGCGUACCGCUUUCUGAGCGAGAUGACGCCGGCAGUCGAGGCCGAGACUCGGUGCCGGGAGAGAGGAGGCACCUCGCUGACAUCCACAGCGACCGGGAAGACCUCUUCGUCGUCGGAAGGUAGGAGGGUGAAUUGGUCCUGGGAACGCGAGAGGCUCUUCGUAAUGGACUGACGGCUCUCCAGUCGAUCAAGAAAAGUUAAUGGUUCGAUUGGCCGAGAGUGACGUGGACUUCGAGUAUGGCUCAGCAACGGCAUGAUGUACCU